AUGGACAUCCCAGGCGUGUCGUAUCAAUUCGACCCAAUCUCGCCAGAAGUAAGAGGUCAACCGCAGCUGCUCGAGCUAGUCGUUCGAUCGGACUCGAUGGAUUGUCCGGGACCUGAAUUUCGUCGUGCAGAUGACGGUCAUUUCCAUACUGGUGAUUUAUGGGAAAAGGUCGAGACAGGUUAUCUCUACCGCGGAAGAGAUGAUGACUGGAUCAAGACCGAAUCUGCCCUGAGAUGCGAUACGAAAGCCAUUGAACACCAUGUAAGGCUCACAUGUGGCGAUUUGAUAUCCGAAUGUGUUGUGGUAGGAUAUGGACGGCCGUCUCCUGCGCUCUUUAUCGAACCGAGUCCUCGGGUGCUAGAUAUUUCAGAAGCUGAUCUAAAGCGCCUUGUUCUCAAACGGAUUGAGCCGUUCAAUUCUCAGCAAAUGGCCCACGAACGAAUAGUGUCGGUCAACCUGAUCAUGGUUGCGCCUCCUAACGCCCUGCCCAGGACAGAAACCAAGGGUAAUAUUCGUAGGAAGGCCGUUGAGGAUAUGUUCCAGAGAGACUUGGACUUGGCUUAUGGUGGAUUAUAA